CCCGGGACCAAAUUGACCACCGGUAUCACACUUCAAAGGCAAUUUCUUCAAAACACGGCUCGAAAUAGCACAUUUCCAGGAUGUGCCGAGACUGGCGCCGACAAUCAGCAUCGUGAAACUAGGACAGAGUAACAACAUCCAAAUUCCAGCAUGGCACGGCACAUCCGCAUUCCCGGGCCCAUCUUCCCACGCUGGUAAACCUGGCCGGAGGCUACGAGGGGCAGAAGAUUCAAAUUCACCUAUCGGCGCCAGAAUAUUUGAAGGGAGGAGGAGCACCCAGAGAAGAUAGCAGUCACCAUGGAAACGGCACGCCGGAGGCUGCACAGCAGAAAAACGCAUACGUUUCGGCCCAACAUAACGUAAAAUUUAAUAGAAAUCUCACCCUUUCGGCAACCAGGCUCAGCAGAAAAUACGGAAGACUGGUUAGACGGACAGAAGACCUGGAAAAUUGGCCCUUACUGGAAAUUCAGAGAGCAGCAGAACUCGGAAGAAAGAGGCGGAGCGAAGACGGCAACUCUAGAGACAGCCCGAGGCAGAUGGAGCUCCAGCAAAACUUUGAGGAUUUUGAGGAUAGAGGGUCAGUUGGAGAGUCGGAGGCGUUGGGGACGCUGACAGGCGGCAGUUCAGUUGGAGUUGGAGAGCUGGGAAGUGGAGUUCAGAGGUGGGCGAUACGGUCAGUUUGUAGCGGCAGGAUGGAGAAGAACAGGCGAUGGAGGUAGUGAGUUCGAGCGGAGAGGAGAGUUUGAGAGGAGGAGUCGGCGGUGAUAGUUCUGGAGGAGGAGGAUGGAGGACUGCCUGUCACUGGAGGACUCUGCGCCGCUCCGCCGUUCUGCCGCCCGCCACCACCGCUCCGCGGGCUGCCGCCAACUCUGCCACCCGUCCGUCGUCGCUGUGCCGCCCGCCCGCCGAUAAAUCUGCUACCAGCCGGCCGUCAGCCCUGUCGUCCACAGCCAACAGCUAAGCGCCGGCCCCGCUACACUUUUUCAGCACCAACUGGUGGCUGAGAUGGGAGCCAUUCACGAUUGCUCAUCUCUCCUUAUUGCAUCGUUGAAACCGUCCCACGCCCCCUGACCACGGGUGUGACCGGGCGGUGCAGCCCGCCCGUAUAAAGUUGUCAGUACGCCAGUCAGUCAGUGGUAGUGUCGGGAUCGGUCCGGCGCCGUGUCCACCUCUGGGAGCCAUGUCUGCGUGUGGGCGACUGCUGGUGGCGGCGGCGGCGGUGGCGGCCGCGUCCUGUUCGCCCCAGUACGGCGCUCCGCCCGUCUCCUCCGACACUCAGAGCUAUGGAGCUCCUCUGGAGAGCGCCGCCGCCGCGCAGGGCUUCGGCAGCGCUACCAACUUCCCCCAGAACAACGGAGGAGGCUUCGGUCAGGGCGGCGCCGCUGGGUUUGGAGGCAACAAGGGAGGUCGGUUCGUUUCUUCUAGCGCAGGAGCAGGCCCGGCGAAUUCGUUGGACGGCCAGGGCAUGCCGUACAACUUCGACUGGGCCGUCCGGGAGCCCGAUUACGGCAACAACUUUGACCAUCAGGAGAAGUCGGACGGCGCGGUGACGUCGGGUCAGUACCGGGUCAACCUGCCCGACGGCCGCGUCCAGAUCGUCACCUACACGGUGGAGGGAGACAGCGGCUUCCAGGCGACCGUCACCUACGAGGGCGAGGCCCAGUACCCGCCGGCCGGAGCCGGCCAGGGGGGCGGCGGUGGCUUCAGCCAGGGCGGGGGCGGCUUCAGCCAGGGCGGCGGCGGCUUCGGCCAGGGCGGAGGCGGCUUCAGCCAGGGUGCCAGCAAUACCUUUGGUCAGCAGAGUGCAAACUACAACCAGCAGAGCGCUGGUAGCGGAUUUCAGAGCCAGGAGAAUGGAGGAGCCGGUUUGGCCUCAACGCCAUCAACAUCGUAUGGUGCUUUUUGAGGUAACGUUUUAUAAUGCUUUACAGACUCCAUUUAAACUGGGGUUUAUUAUUUGUUUUCAGUUUGUCAACCUAUUUCCUAUGCAGCAUAUUGAAGUGUCGUAGAACUGGUGAGUGAUAUGCUCUAUGUCGCUGUGAUGUUUAUCACAGUAUUUAUUAGGUAGGGUAACAGCUUAGCAAGUGCAUAUGAUAAAUUCCUGCCACGCCUGUCUGUAAGAAAACCGAAAGUCAAAUGAUCCAUUAUUUAUGCACAUGAGGAAAAUAUAACUUAUCUCAGUGUGCUUUGGCUUGCUAUGCACAAUGUGUAAUAUGAAUGUCAAGAGCACGUGCUGAUGUAGGUAUUUAUGUAACUAUUCCUAAUACAUUUUGAUGUGAAAAUAAGCAUGCUCUGGGAAACGUCUGGCUGGACUUUAAUAAAGUAACAAUUAUGUCUUCCACACCCUUUCUAUGCCAUUCGUUUUUACCUGACGCCGCCCAAUACCCACUACUCUCUGAAUUGGCGCCACCCUGCCCCCCGUUCUCUGUGACCUGACGCCGGCCCUGCUCCCCCGUCCUCUGUGACCUGACGCCGCCCCUGCCACCCCGUCCUCUGUGACCUGACGCCGCCCCUGCCACCCCGUUCUCUGUGACCUGACGCCGCCCCUGCUGCGCUCCGAGCCGUGCCCUGAGGCUGUGUCGGGUCGGACCGGCCGGCAGUGGCCGCUGGAGAGGCGAGUGGAGCGGGUGUCUGGUGGCCGGGCCGGCGGUGGGUGGCUGGGACAGUGGAGUCGGAGCGUGUGCUGGUCGGUGACGCUGGUGGAUCACGGGAGACGGUGAGGGACGCUGGUGGAUCACGGGAGACGGACUUAACUGGCGUCGUCCCAGCGGUAGUGGACGGGGCAGCCGCCAUCACCACCGCCGUUCUGACUGUACCAGAACAACAGCGGCGGACCGAGACAGCAGAGCGGCACCGUGCGGCCACUUCGGAACGGGGUGUAAUAUGUAAUUGUUCGAGUGACCAGACUCUGUCCCCUGUCUGCCCGGUCUCCGACACACCGGGCCUUUGGACUACAGCACUACACUAUAACUUUUCGGCAGAAGCUGACAGACACGAGAAUGGGAAAUCAACAAGCUUCUGGGAACACAAUGAUAGCUAAAGGUUCAUAUGAAUGGAGACCGUCCCUCGGGUGACCGUCCGAUACUGAAAGCGACUCCCCAUCAUUUAGCACCAGCCUGACCACUGGAGGAGCUCCUGUCCUGCUGGCACCGCCGGCGGUCGCCGUGCUGCCAACGCGGAGCGUGACGCGGAGGUGGCGCGCCUUCUGGUACAGUCCGGGGCGCGGAUUGACCUACAAAACGAGGCGGAGCGCCCGCCGCUGCAGAUGGCGCCACCGGGGCUGGCCAGCGACCUCCAGCAGCUGGCGCCGCCCUCGGUGGAGCUCACCGCUGGCACAGAUGGCAGCACCGUCGACCCCCGACGCCAGUGCAUCUCGAACCGCAAGACCGCUGUCUAUCUCGUCCCGUCAGUGCAGUUCGCAGCGCCAUCUGUGAAACUCCGUUGGUAUAGAUGGCACCACCGUCGACUGGGUACCGGCGCCAGCGUAUCUCGAGUUGACCGAUCGUGCUCUCUGAAUCUGAGGCAUACUGGCAUAGCCCACCUAGUGGGCAGUGUCGAGAUACCACGAGGGUGUAGGAGCAUCCGUGGAUGUAAUCGCGCUUGUAUUUUGUUGUGAUGUCCACUCACAAACACUGUCAUGGCGGAAACUCUGGCGUAUCGAUAUUGGUACUUCCAUCUCGAGAUCGUUGAUGAACCGCUUACCCAUGGCAGGGUCGGUUGUCUCAACCGGUGUAUGCAUAGAAAUGGUGUAUGUGUGCUGCAUUUCGUAGGUAGGACUCGUGUGCUGGCUGGAUAACCGUGCCUCGUCGG